GUAGAGUUGGAAGUAGCUUUGGAAGCGUACCUCUUUUGUCGGGACCGCUGCUAUCCGUUCGUUUUGUCGUUCUCGUCGUUGUUGCCGUAAUCGUCGUCGUCGAAGUCGUUCUGCCGAAGUUCACGAUUUGUGUGGUGUUGCCGUAGGAAAAAAGUGCAAUGUGUGUCAAUCACGCAAUUUGUGUCUGAUAGUUCCUUCGAUUCGCGAUUAAUUUGGUUAUCUUAUAGCGGAUGUGGAGAAAAGUGGUGCAAAUUCACUCUGAAAGCACGGCAGUUUCGGGAAGUGAUGAUCUUUGAAGCCUUCUCCGUCAGAGAGGGUGGUGGUGCGCUGGAGGAAGAAGAGGUUGUAAGCCGAGUGUAUAUUACACAGGUGUAUUGAGGCAGUGCGAGUGAGCGAGAGGGGGCUAAUAUACGGGAGGAAGAUUCGCCUCAACAGCCUCAAUUGAAGUGGAGUGUGAGUGAGUGGAAGCAACGGGUUAUACGUCGUGCGGAGGUUUUCAUGAUUUUUUUUUGGUGUUCUGUGCCGUCAGAGUUUACCUUCGGAACAUGUCGACUGGGUUCUUACGGAUGCAGUGUAUUUCUUCUCUUUUUUGAGGUCAUUCGAAGAAAGCACUAAAGCGCUAAAGUGAAUGAGUGAGAGGAGAUCCUGCUGGAAUAGAGAGCCUGCUGAGUGUACACAACGCAACACAUGCAUCGAAGAAUUCGCUGGUCAAAUGCAUAACAAGAAUUGUGCAAGUUCUGUCGAGGCUAUCAACAAGAGAUCGUAUUUUUGUUUUUGUUUUGGUUUGCAAAACAUGUGAUGAGAAUUGGUACAAAUCAGCCCGAUAAAAUAAGCGUCCGCAAUGUUGAGGGAAAAAGUGAAAUAAUGUGAUAAUGAAAAUGAUCUGUUGAAGAAUUUCGAAAGUAGUUGGCACACAAAAUAAACAGCAAAGCUAAACCUCGGUGCUCGCUGUUUUCCUGGUGAAGUGUGUUUCUGUGUUUGAGUGUUUUCAAUUCAAGCCCGGGAAGGCGAAUAGCGAUCCGACAAACGACAGCAAAUAGAUCGUGUGAAGUUGGGCAUCAUCAUCUCUGCAUUUUAGCCGGCGACGAUCCGCAUCAAGAUGAACAACGGCUCCCGAUCGCAUCUGCAAUCUCUGUUCAGCAACUCGCUGGCCAUCCGCCAGGAGAUUCAGAGGUUCGAGAGCGUCCACCCGUCGAUCUACGCCAUCUACCACCUGAUCGAUCUGCUCGAUGACAGCCAGGUGGCGUCGCAGAUACGUGAUCAUGUCGUAUGCAUUGAAGAUUCCUUCGUCAACAGCCAGGAGUGGACGAUCUCGCGAUCCGUGCCGGACAUUCGGCUCGGCAUCGUUGGCAGCCUCAGUUCCGGCAAGUCGGCGCUGGUUCACCGAUACCUGACCGGAUCGUACAUGCAGGAGGAGUCCCCCGAGGGCGGCCGCUUCAAGAAGGAGAUCCAGAUCGACAACCAGAGCUACCUGCUGCUGAUACGGGACGAAGGUGGUCCCCCCGAGAUGCAGUUUGCCGCCUGGGUCGACGCGGUCAUCUUCGUAUUCAGUCUGGAGAACGAGUCGAGCUUUAACGCCGUGUACACCUACUACACCAAAAUGUCCCACUUCCGGAACAGUUCCGAGAUCCCGAUCAUUCUGGUUGGAACUCAAGAUGCCAUCAGUGAACGAUCACCACGGGUCAUUGACGAUUCCCGGGCCCGGAAGCUGGCCCAGGAUUUGAAACGGUGUUCGUACUACGAAACAUGUGCCACAUACGGGUUGAAUGUGGAGCGAGUCUUUCAGGAUGCCUGCCAGAAGAUUGUCCAGCAGCGCCUGUCGACCGGUUCGGCCAUCACACCAACCAACUCGCGGCCAACGACACCCCAAGGCACCCGGCUUGGAGUGGCGAGCUUUCAUUCGACCGUUCCUAGCCCCACGAACGGGUUUUCGUCAUCGACCGGAAGCCCGGCCAGUGGUCUCACCAUGAGCAGUUCCUCACCAAGUCACCACACCAACUCACACCAGCAACAGCAGCGGGAGACGCAACGGGAACUGCAGCAGAACCACCCGGGUAAUAUGACUCUCCCCCAUCGGCAUCACGUUUUGUCCGCAUCGAGUCACCACAUUCCGAUCAAGAUUAACGCGGAAAUUAUGGCCGCGGAGCCGCAAUUCAUUCUGCAGCGGGAAUCGCUUCCGUCGCAAAAAUGGGGAACGAUUUCACACGGAACCUCCCAGCAGACGCUGCUGGCGCUGACGAAUGAAAAUAACAACAUCGCAAAAUUUGUGCCACCAAGUCAUCCGGUAUCGUGUGACAGUCUGCAACCGCUGGGACUGGUUCCCGGAAAAGAUUCUAGCGGCGGUGGUAAGGACAAGGAACUUCCAACGCCCACAUCAACCCCAACCACCUCCAGGAAAAGCCGACGGAGAUCGAAUCUGUUCAUUCCUUCCUCCUCGAAGAAGGACCAACAGGACAAGAUCAAGAAUGGGGAGCUGGGAAGUGGCCGGGCGAUUCCGAUCAAACAGGGAUAUUUGUACAAACGCAGCAGUAAAUCGCUGAACAAGGAGUGGAAGAAAAAGUACGUGACACUGUGCGACGACGGCCGGUUGACGUACCAUCCGUCGCUGCACGAUUACAUGGACGACAUCCACGGGAAGGAAGUUUCGCUGCAGUAUGUCACGGUGAAGGUUCCGGGCCAAAAGCCACGCGGUUCGAAAUCGAUUAUCACCAACAGUGCCCUGACGGGGGCCAACCUGGCCUCGACGGCGGGUCUGAACGGGAAAUCGGCUGGACCGACUGCGGGCUGUGGGUCGCAGGGGAACACCAGCAAUGGGUUGACGGAAGGAAUCGGGGGACUUUCGCUGGCUAAGGAUCGGAAGCUGACGGAGAAGGUGCUGCUGACAGCGUUCGAUACGCUACGGGAACCGGUCAAAUCGAAUUCACAGACCAGCGGGGACGAGGGAAUCGUCAUCAGCAACAGCAACUCGCAGAGUUUCAUCGGAUCGGAUGGGAACGCAAGCAAGCUGGACGCGCAAACGCCGAACGUGAAGAAGCGACACCGACGGAUGAAGAGCAGCGGCGUGGGGAAGAACAAUGAAUACGAUGAUACCGAUGGGUUCGAGUUUUACAUCGUCUCGCUGGACAACAAGCAGUGGCACUUCGAGGCGUCCAAUUCCGAGGAACGGGACGAGUGGGUGUCGGUGAUCGAACAGGAGAUCUUCAAGUCGCUGCAGGGCAUUGAGUCCUCGAAAUCGAAACCGCUCAAUCCAAGCGACAUCGCCUCGAUGCAAUCCAUCCGGAGCAGGGUGCCGGGCAAUGGGUACUGCGUGGACUGUGAUUCGCCAAAUCCGGAAUGGGCGAGUUUGAAUCUAGGUGUGCUAAUGUGCAUCGAGUGCUCCGGAGUGCAUCGGAAUCUCGGCUCCCAUAUUAGUAAAGUGCGAUCCCUCGGGCUGGAUGAGUGGCCACCGGGUCAUCUCAGCGUAAUGCUCGCCAUUGGAAACAGCCUCGCGAACUCCGUGUGGGAAUCAAACACCCGGGGCCGGGUGAAACCCACCCCGGCGAGUUCCCGAGAGGAGAAGGAAGCCUGGAUCCGCAACAAGUACGAGGCUAAGGAGUUUCUACCCGCGUUCAACUCCGCCUCCCCCAUCGGACAGCAACUGCGCGAAGCGGUCGUCCGGUCGGACAUGAAGGCCAUAAUAAUCCUGCUAGCAAACGCCAGUCUCGAACACAUCAACUCCUCUGUCAGCAGUAGAGAUUUGCGGACGCCCCUUCAUCUGGCCUGUGCCAUCGGCAAUCUGGCGAUCUCACAGUUGCUUAUCUGGCACCACGCCAACCUGAAGCACAUCGACCACGAGGGCCGAUCGUGUCUGACGUACGCCAAGGCGGCCAACUCGCUGGCCGCGGCACGCCAAGCAAGCAAUACCCCGCACCAUGUGAACGUGGAGACAACCGCCGCCCUGGUUGAGCUGCUCGUUAGCCUCGGCUGCACAGAUCCGGCGCCGUUUACGGCCAGUGGCACUUUGCCCCGACGAAGGGAAACCAUCGAUCAGGGUACAUUCGAGAAGUUUUCUUCGAAUAUAAUCUAGGCAACAACCUCCCCCCUCUCACACGAAAACACACAACAAAAAACCUAGCAACUAAUCGUCACGCUGCUGCCAAGUGGGAAUAAAAUUCCGACUCAGUUGCACUUUUAAUCCUCCAUUAGGCAGCGCGCGAAACAAUGAUCUGUCUAAUUAGAAGGAAAAAAACAAAGAAAAGUGCGGACGAAAACCUAGUUUUUAGUUAUAUAUACGUUCAAAAACAUAAUGUGAUCCCUCUAUAUAUAUAUAAAGAAAAACUGUAGAAGUUAUUCAUCAGAAGGAGAAAUUGUUUAACAGAUGAGUGCGCGUUGAUUUGGCUUGAUUUAUCCCAUAACGCAGUCAAACCAUUUUAUUAACAAACGAUAAUAGGAGCACUAGUUAACUAUUGUUUAAGUUGUGAUGGAUUGAAUUUGACGAUGCAAAACACCACUCUGUAAGAUAUCUGGCUCACAAAAGUUCUAAAAUUUGUUUUUAUGUCUAGUUUUUUUUCUUCUUUGUAUUUUAUUGUAUUAAUUUUAUGUAGUACUUUAGUGUACAUAUUAGCGCGAGAGAAAGAAAGUUCUCGCCGUGUAGAAUAAACCAAGCCCUUCAAACGCCCAGAAUCUAUAUUCGAUCUUCAAAAGAUAAGUUUAGAAAAAAAAACGCCGCACCAUUUACUUACGGAGGAAGAAAGCAAAAACACACAGAUUUCUCAAUAGCAAUUCACUGUGAAUUCAAUCGCGACACUUUCAUUUUGUUUAUUUUUUUAAUAGUUCCAAUUAUUUGUUGGUUUAUGUAGUUUUCUAUAACUUUAUCCUUUCAUUCCUUGAGAUACGAUUACUACUUCUGUUAAGCCCCCGUUCACUACAACGUAAGCUCAUUUCCACACAAAAACCCCAAAGAAUGCCAAAUUGGAGGGUGCAGCGAAACACAAAAAAAUCGAUGCCGAGACCACUUUACUAACCACUAGAGAAAUUGAGCAUGCCUGGAACACUACCCCUGCGAAGCACUCAUCCCCAUCCCCACGCGCACACAAAAAAUACACUCGCUCAUGUUUAGACAAUUAAGAAAGCACCAUGUACUAAGAAAAAACAACAACUAGUGUUUGAUAAACGCUGCAUGCAGCAUGCAGAGUGCGCGCCCUUAUCACACAGAUCCUAAUAGUAAUUUAUAUGCCAACAAAACAAAUAAUAAACAAACAAAUCAAGUAAGACACGUUCAAGUUGUGUGUAGAAUAGACAAGCAAAGAGACAAACAUAAAAAAAACAAACAAAUGAAUCAAUGAUAGAAAACGCAAAGCGACGACCCAGGAAAAGAAAAAAACACUGCGCAUUGCUGCUGAAAUUUUAGUGUAAUCUUGAGGUAUUCUACAGUUCACAAAUCAACCAACCAACCAACAAACAUACAAACAAACAAACAAACAAAAAACCCAAGCACUUUCUCCUUUGGCUGUAGCGUAGUAGGAUAGCAUCUAUGAUGAUGAUGAUGACAAGUCGAUUAUAAAUAAAUUCGUAACUAUUGAAGCAAACAUAUGCGCGCAUACCUAAAAACAGGCGGAAAACAACACUAGAUUAUGGAACAGAAAGCAAAAAAAAGUUUGGAGAAGAUACGACGGUUGAAAAUAAAGAAAAUCAUGCGGAUGUAUUUAAUACGAAA